AUCCUUAUAAUGUCAAAGCGAGAAUUUCGUACGAUUUUCUUUUACGAGUUUAAACUCGGCCGAAGCGGAGCCCAAACGGCUAGAAACAUUAACCAAGUCUGGGGCGAGGGUUGUGUUAAUGAGUGCACUGUGCAAAGGUGGUUUAAAAAAUUUCGGGAGGGAGAUUUCAGCCUUGAAGAUGAAGAAGGUCGUGGAAGGCCUUCCUCUCUUAAUGAUGAUGUUCUGCGAUCAGUGGUGGAAGAAAACCCCAAAACAACUGUUCGAGAACUUGCAGAGCAACUCAAAGUCAGUAAAACGACCGUCGCUGACCACCUCAAGGCGAUUGGAAAAGUGAAAAAACUCGAAAAUUGGGUUCCACACUCAUUAAACGAUCGCCAAAAAAAUCAGCGCUUUGAUGUUUGUGCAUCACUUCUUUGUCGAAACAAAAAUGACCCAUUUCUGGCCAGAAUUGUUACAUGUGACGAAAAGUGGAUUCUCUACGAUAACACUAGACGUUCUGGACAGUGGCUCGACAAAGGAGAAGCUCCAAUACAUUUUCCAAAGCCCCCAACUCAUCAAAAAAAGGUAAUGGUUACGGUAUGGUGGGCUUCAUUUGGUUUAAUACACUACAGCUUCUUAAAUCCUGGCGAAACCAUCAAUGCUGAAUCAUACUGUAACCAAAUUAAUACCAUGCAUCAGAAAUUGGCAGUAAUGAAGCCCUCUUUGGUCAAUCGGAAAGGGCCCAUUUUGUUGCAUGACAACGCUCGACCACAUGUGUCACGUGUAACGUCACAAAAAUUAUUGGAGCUUGGCUAUGAAACUUUGCCUCACCCACCCUACUCUCCGGACCUCUCGCCUACUGACUACCAUUUUUUUAGACACCUGGACCACUACUUACAACACAUAAUAUUCAAAAAUCAAACGGAACUGGAAAAUGCAUUUAUUGACUUUAUCAAUUCUAAAAAUUCUGAAUUCUACUCAGACGGAAUUAAUAAGUUACCAACACGUUGGGAGAAAUGUAUUGAGAGUAUGGGAAAUUAUUUUGAUUAA